AUGGUCAAUAUACAGUCAAAAUCUUCUGGGUCCCAGUCGCGUACUAUCUCAUCUCCCGGGGUUAACAUGCAGACUGUACCCAGUUUACCACGACGCCUUUUGGAAUGGAACGAACAGGACACGUGUGCUGUGCGUUGUAUCGGCUGUCAGCAGGCUAUUCUCGAUCAGUUCUAUUGUCGUAUGGCUGACCAGUUCUGGCAUCAAGCCUGUCUGCGAUGUUUUACCUGUGGAAUUUUACUCUCCGAUCGAUGCUAUGCUCGAGAAGGUCAACUAUUCUGUCGUGAGGAUUUUAUCAAGCAUUACGGUCCAAAGUGUAUCGCUUGUCGCAAGUCGAUCCAAACAUCCGAGCUGGUCCAAUUUGUGCGCAAUUCAAUUUUUCACAUGCGUUGUUUCAAGUGUGCAAUUUGUGAACGUCCACUUACCCCAGGCGAUCAGUUCUAUCUGGCCCGAGAUGAUCGAUCGGUGAUUUGCCACGAGCACUAUAAUCCCACCGGUCCGUCCCCCCACCUGACCGUGAAUCCGAUCAGUUGUGACCCGGUCGCAGAUAUGCUUCGCAUGUCGAACGGGUUCAAAUUGACCGCCACAACCCCGGUUCCCGGUUCCACUCGGCCACACGCGCUGAGCUCUCGGCCACCAGAGUGUAAUAGCAGCAGCAACAGUGGUGGUCGAAUGAACAACACUGACCGCGGUCUGAACAUCUCGAUCGGGAACGAUUCGUCCGGCCCAAUUGGGGUGAUGACACUGGCCAGUACAGUCACGAAUGAGUGUACAAACACGACUGCGAGUACAACACUGGGAAACACUGGGAAAUGUUGUUCUUCCUCUCCUACGACUGGCACGGCACGAUCUCCAAUGGAGACAAAUGUACCGGUCCGUAACAAUGUGAUAAAGCCAUUACCGUCCCCGGGCAUCGCCUCAGACCCAAACAAUUUAUCUGGUCCACUGAUUUUCCUAUCUGGAUCAGCCCCUUUACCAACCGAUCCCUACCCAGGAUCCAACUCUCUCCGUGCCCUGAGUAUGAAUGUAACUCGUUUGGGCGAUUCUCUGCCCAUUGAGUCUGAACCCACUUGGAUGAGUAUUAGUGGAGAUCGGCUGGGAAAAUUGGGUCACGAAAUAUUCUAUCCACCACCACCACCACUACCACCACCACCGCCACCACCACCACCAGCAGCAGCAGCAGCAGCAACCUCUUCACUGUGCACGUCUGAUCCAAGCCUACCGUUAUCUGAGAUGGAAUCGAUCAAUGGCAUGCUACGCAAAACACCAACGAAAUAUCCGGUCGACUUUUACGACCUGAACGAUCCGCAUCGAACGCUUCGCCUAAUCCCCGGACCGAACACAUUUCGUUCGGCUGGCUCGGACUCAUAUCCACCCAUGAUAUCAUCCCGGUCACCUUCACCGAAAACUGGGAAAGUUACUGGAUUGGAUGGUGCACUGACGGAUCCGUCCGGUUCAUCGGACGGGCGUGGUGAAACCCAAUUCAAUGUGUCCUAUGCGACUGAGGAGAACAAACAACCCCUGUCUAAUUCAGCCCGCUUGAAAGGUUCUGUGUGUGAAUUCACAGAAUCACAAAGUUCGGUGAAAACACCGACACCGACAGAAUGUACAAAGGAAGAACCAGUUUCACGAAAUUCCUGUGAUGAGAAUCAACACGCCGGUGUCGUUCAGUGCGGUAGCAGAGAUAAGCGUAGUGCUGAGAUGGUUCAGACAGCGCGGAGUAUUGUCCUCGUGAGACAGGAUCAAGAUCAGGCUGAGGAAGACGAGGAAGACGAUGAGGAGGGGGAGGAGGAAGAUGUGCUUGGUCAAUUAGACGAUGAACUUGCAGAAAGCGCUCAGUGUAGCCUGACCUUUGCGGACGAGGAUUGCAGUCGUCUGGGUGAUGAAGACGAAUUGAUGAGUGAAUCCGUACAAGGUUCUCCAGGGAGAUUCAUGCAUAUGCUUCGACAUCAGCGACAAACACAGCAGCAGCAAUCUCAAAAUCAUCGAUAUGAACAACAAUCUUCUCCGACAAUGGGUCAUUGCGGUGUGCCACAAAGUGAAGCAUCUUCCCAAGCCAGUAUGGGCAGUGAGAAUGGACGAUGCAAUUCGGCCACCACGGGCCAAAUGGGCGGUGUCCCCGGUAGUGGUAUGGGCAACGGUGGUGGCGGUGGCGGUGGAGGGGCAAAACGUCGUGGACCACGAACCACCAUCAAAGCAAAACAGUUGGACACUCUGAAAGCCGCGUUUGCAGCGACACCAAAACCGACAAGACACGUCCGUGAGUCGUUGGCUCAAGAAACCGGUCUGUCCAUGCGUGUGAUACAAGUGUGGUUUCAAAAUCGACGAAGUAAGGAACGCCGCAUGAAGCAGCUCAAUGCGUUGGGCGCACGUCGCCCGUUCUAUCGAAAUCCCCGACGUCUGCGCGGAUUGCGUCCGGGUCUCGGCGCGCCAGAGCUGAGCACAGAAGCAGCGGUGGAGUUGAUGUCUAAUCCUGCCUAUCAUGGUUACCUGGUCGAGAAUAAUCCGGUCUGUUGCAUAGCUUUGCCGGUUCAGGAUGCACCGUAUCAAGACAAAUGGGUGCAUUUGGUCCAAUCAGUUGGUUCACUUCUCACUACCCAAUGAUCUUCCGCCUUGAGUUGCAUUACACGUGGAGACGGAUCGGGAAAACCGGAUUUACGAUAUCACGCAUCACCGGGGCUCAAUCUUUCUGCCUUGUGCCCGUCCACACAACCUUCAACUCCCACCUUUGGCAAGCCUCCGUUAAACUAUGCACGUUCCCUCUCGCCUCCAAAUUCUAUUUUAUCCAUGAANGGAUCUAACAGUGGCUCUGUUGUGUCGCAAUCAUUGAUCCCAAUGAGUACCGGUCCACAUAUGAGUACCUCACAGACAUUUUCGGACUAUCCGAACAGUGCUGGACUGCCCAACCUGAUCCCAGGUACACAUGGACAACAAUUGUCUAUGCUUGGUCGACCAGCGUUGUGUGCCCCGUCCGGUUAUCCUUGA